AACCAGAGAGGGAGAGGCUGACUACAUCAGGAGCGCAGAGCAAGAGGGAAAGGAGAAGGUCUGAGACUACAGAAACCAAAACCAAGAUCAGAACCAAGACCGAGUUCAGAACCACCAUGGCAGAGUCCAUCAAAAGGAAAAACUCCAGCAAGCAACUCCUGCAGAACCUCAUCAGGGUGACCGAGCAGCGGAGCCAGGAGGAUGCUGAGGAGGUGGAGCGGGAGAGAAGGAGGAGAUCCAGGGAGAAGCAGAAAGGAAGCCUGUCCUGCUCAGAGCCCCACCAGCCCGGCGUCACACACAACACAGAGUCUGAUGAGGAAGUGAAGCCUUCCUGCUCGGCCCUGGAGGAGGACGAAGGCUUCAGCGACUGGAGCCACAGGUUGGAACACCGCAGCGAGCACGAGCUGCAGGAAGCCUGCCGGGCGAAAGAGCAUGUGCCCGCUGCACCAUCAGGUCCUGAGGAGAAGAAACAGCAGAAGGAUGAAGAGGAGCAUGAAGGAAGCAGCUUCGAUGAAGGUUCAACACAUCACCCAGAAAAGACAUCCGGCACCCGAAGCACGUACAGGACACCCCCCAGCUCCUCUGUCUUGGUGUCCCAGGACUCCAGGCUGCAGCCCAGUGCAGGCCAAGCCUCCGACAGGACGUCCCACCAGGCAGCAGAAAGCACCAAGUCUCACAGAGGAGCUUGCAGGAUGGAUGGAGAGGUGGAGCAGAGGAUGCAGGAAGAGGAGGCGAUGUUGAAGUCAACUUUGCAGAGGGAGCCAGCAGAAACUGCACAGAGCAGAGGAGAUGAAGACGAUCAGGAGGAGCUGAAAGAAGAUUCUGACAUCACGAGGGAGGAGAGCGACCGGAGAGAAGAGGAUGAAACGCAAAACAAGAGUUUAACUAAGUGCGAUAGAAGGAGAAGCACGGAGGCAAACACGAGAUCUUCAGGGUUUCUUGUUAGCACCAGCGAAGGCGAGGAGUCGUUAAACUGCUACGGCCCCAUGAGUCCAACAUUCAAGAAACUCCUCAUACAGUUUUACCCAGAAGAGGCCAACAACCGAGUCUCAACAGAUGGAAAAUGUACGAUAAUUGAAAGAACAGAGUCUCUCAGGAGAAGCAGCAGCAACAUAAAGAGGACACAAGCUCCUGUUUCUGUUUCAAAGAUUGACAAAAGGCUGGAACAAUACACACACGCUCUGGAGGGCUCCUCAAGAGAAGAAAAACUCAGCUGUCAGCAGCUGACGGACCUGGUGAGUUGCUCUGAACCUGUCGCCGCGAAGAAGAACCUGUUUGAAGCCGGAGAAGCCUGGAACCAAAACGUUCUCUCUGUCACCCCGUCUAAGGAUGCAGAUAGUUUAAAAGUCGGUGUGGCUGAUCUCAUCAACCACUGGAUUAAAGGAGGUGAAGAUGGAAGCAGGAGUCGCUCUCCUUCAAAACCAGCAGAAACCUCCACUAGGCCUUAUAAAUAUGUGGUUGCGGGACAUGGCAAGUAUACCAAGGCUUCUGCUGAUAACGGCUGCAGUGAAGAUGUCAGCGGUCAGGCAGCUGGACGGUGCUGUGAAGAUUUGUGAAACACGUUUGGAAUAUUGGAAUAAUAACCACUUUGAUGUCAUUGUUUUUAUGUUUUUUUAGAUUUAAGCUGGAAAU